AUGAAUUAUGUUUCACGAAGUCCUUAAGUCCCUAUUUAUCAAUAGAUAAAGGCGUUUGUCUAAGGUCUGGCCCAAAAGAGAAACUAGAAGGUUGUAUUGAAUGAGGUUCAAUCUCUCAUUAAUCAAUUGGGCAUACCUGGUGAAUAGUAUUUUCUGCUUCAACUUCUAGAAAGCAUAGAAGUGCAGAAAGAGAAGCAAUCAUUAACACAGAAAGGGUAAUUCCUAGUGUAGUGGCUUCAGCAAGCUUCCUCCAAAUCCCAUUUCAUAGAUUACUUCUGUGGUGUGGUUGAAGCAGUGUGUCCUCAAUCCCAAUCCAUAACUGAAUAUUUGUGUGAAUUGUGUAAUGCUCUUAAAGUGCCAUCUCUGGUCCAAAUGAUAAUGUGGUUGUCUAUCACAUUUUCUUCAAAUUAGAAUUUCUCUAAGGAAGGCAUAAAGAUGCUAAAGAAGAAGUUACAAGAGCCAUUUUAAUAAAAAAACAAUUUAUAGGUGCCACAGUAUGUAAUUCACACAUUGUUGUAUCAACUCAGAAACAUUCCUGAAUUGUCGGUAAAAUAUUUAAAUAAUGUUAGGAUCUUGAAUAAGAAAUUAAGAAUUUCAAUGAGUACGUAUAAAAUACAAAAUAGGCAGAUUUAAAAUGUUUGUAUGAUGAUGGCAAAAAGUACAUGAAAUUGGAUCCAGUAAACAUAGAAAUUCCAAAAAUUAAUGAAUGCAUUAAGCCUGUAGACAUUCUUAGAGAAUUAGGACCUUAUACAAGCAAUUUGUCACAAAUCUUUACAGAAUACACUGAUAGUGAUAUUAUGGAUUGCCUAUUGUAUUUGGCUAAUAAUCAGGGCGAGGAUGCUUCUAAAGAGGCUCAUAAAGAAGCUCUUAAAGAUGUCCAAUAGUUGUUCAAAUUGACAUCGAACACUUAACAGCCAGAUUGGAAUUAAUUGUCAAAUGAAUUGAAUAAGCAAUAAGAAGAUGAUUUUAUUAAGUUCUUUAUCAAUGACAACAACAAACGAUAGUGGUCUUAAGUAUUUGAGAAGCUGGAUAGACCCAAUUUAUAGUUGUCACAAUAAGGAUAUAAUAAUUUAAUGGGAUUCUUAGCCAAAAUUAAGAAAUAAUAAUAACAAUUUCAAUUGCCCCAUAGAUUAUUAUUGGACAAAUGGCAUAAUAAGAAAUCUUAGAUCACUUUUCUUACCUGUAUGUUGAAAGCAAACAAGCCUGAGUAGUUGUUCUGGAAUGAAAUUUAACCCAAAAAAUUAGUGAUUAUGGAACAUAAUACUAAUUAUAAAAACCAAUAAUAAUUGCAAUAUUGGUACAAUUUAGAGUUUGUUCAGAUGCUAAUAGAAUUGAGUGAGUAUGGAUACAUAGCUGAAAUCAGAGAGUUUUUUGAGUAGCCAAUUAAAUAGAACCCAGAUUUAAUAAUAUUGGCUUUAUUCCAAAUUUCACCAACUUAAGGUGGAGCAUUAAUAGAUGAAUUAUUUACAUAGCUAUUUCCUAAUUACGUAUCAUAACAUGCCAAUUCAUCACCAGUAUUGGAAUAGAUGUGGAAAUUCAAUUAGAAUUUAUUUAUAACUGGAAUCAGUGAGUUAUAUAAGAAAGAAUAUGGCAAGAAAGAAAAUUCAUGUUUAAAUUUAUCAAGAGUUUUGGAUAUAGUUUAACAACUCUUUCAAAAUUCUCAGUAAAACAAUACUUCAUUAUUGACAAUGGCUAAAUUUGAUGACUAUCAAUUUUCAGUUCCCUUGGGCAUUUUGGCAGGUAAGAGAGAAUACUUGAAUUUUGAUAUUUGGUUGAAUGAGAGAAUUAAAUCAUAAGGUAUUCCUUUUGUUAAUGUGCUCUUGCAAUACAUUGAUGAGAAUGUUAUCUAAUAGAUUAAGGAGUACUAACUCAAAGCUGGAUUACCGAAUGGUUAGUUGGGAUAGAUGCAGAUUCAAUAAUUAGAUUAGAUAUUAGAUAAGGGAUAAUUGAAGUUAGAGAUGAUAACAAUCAUUUUUGAGUAGUUGAUGAAUCAAGGAGAUAAAUUGGGGAACAAGAUAAAGCAAACAACUUAGUAAUUUUAUAAGGAAGUUGUUUAAGUGUUUCCUUAAUUGGCAGGAUAGCCAAACUAAAAAACUAAUUAAGAAGUAGAAAGUAAGACAGACAGUUAUUUUGAGAGUUAUUACAAUGAGUAAAUCAGUUUGGAAAACUUCUUAAAUUAGAUGGUUUAAUGGAAAACACAGGGAAGUAUCUAAGAGAAAGAAGUGUAUGCUUGUAUAAUAACAAAUUUGUAUAAUGAGUAUCAGUUUCAUUUGAAAUACCCUAAGAAGGAAUUAGAAUUGACAGGACAAUUGUUUGGAGGAGUAUUGGAAAGAGGAUUGGUCGAGGGUCAAAGUAUAUAGAUAGGCUUGAGGAUAAUUUAGGUGUCAUUAAAGAACAACACAUAGAGAUAUGAUUUUGCGGUUAAGGCAUUGGAGGUUAUGAAAAAUAAAAUAUAUGAAUGGCCUUGGUUUGCAUAAGAUGUUAUGGCAUGUGAACAAUUAUCCUUUAAGAAUCCAGAUCUUUUGGCUGAAAUUAUUAGAGUGUGUGAAAAGCAUGGAAUAAAAUCGCCUUUGUAACCUGCUCCACCAAUAUAGCCAGUAUUUCACAAGCCUCUGCAAUUGGUUGCUUAGAAAGAAAAAUAAGAAGAAGAGCCAGUUUAAUUGACUCUAAAGAAAUCAGAAUCAGUCCCUGUUUAAUAGGCACAACCAACUCCCAUCGUAGUUCCAGCCGUAGUACAACCCGUUUAAAUACCUAUACAAUAUCCAUAACCUGUUAUCGUACCAUAAUAGCAACCAGUCACAUAGGUUUAAUAACAUCAAUAAGUACAUUUACAAUCAGUCACUCCUCCUCCUACUUUAUAGAAGUCUUCUUAAUUACCUGUUUAACAUACACCGUAACCUUAAAAAUAAAAACAAGAGGAUAAUAGUACAAAUAUUAAUCUCACAUACAAAUAAAUAUUGUAACUGGAGUUUGACGAGUUCCAAAGGUGUGGAGCUGAUUCAGAUGUUAAAGAGUACUUUACCUUUACUUUGAAUAGCAUUUCCUAGAAUAAUGUUGAGUAGAAGGCUGCGGAAAUACGAAAUAAACUAGAAAACUAGGAUGCUUUAUUCUAUUUCAUUAAAACCAUUGCUUAUUUAAGAUCUCCUAUGGCUUAAUAAUAGGCAUAGGGACCUAAUGUGAUGUGUUGUUUACUUGCAGCUUUGAACAAAUCAAGGUACUUCUCAGAAGUUGCCAAGGAAGUGAGCAAAGGGUUAACAAGAUUGUUGACUUUCAAUAAAACAAGUCCCUCUGCAGAUGACAGAAGCACUAUCAAAAAUAUGGGAAGUUUCCUAGGUUAAAUCACCGUAUCCAGAGACAAACCAUUCUUGUUUAAGUACUUUGAUUACAAAACUUUACUAAAAUAAAAUCAACUCACUAUUUAUCCUUUAUGUAAGAUCUUGGAACAAGUCAAAUCUAGUCAGAUUUUCACUAAGAAUAAUAAAUGGGUGAAUAGAAUCUUGCAGGAAUUAGAUACUGCCAAAGAAACCUGCAAUACAAUGGCAAAAUAUGAAAUCAUGAAUCUGCUCAAAUAAAUUGAGUACACUGUUUAACCUAUCAAUCCAACACCCACUCCUAUUACUAUUCCAAAUCCAGUUGUACCAAUCAUAACUUAACCUAUUGUUUAACCUAUUAUGGAUUUGGACCCACUAAAUAAAUUGAAUAUCAAGAAUCUACCUUAAUAUGUGAUGGCUGAUUCUAAAAACUUAAAUGAUAAAUUGAAUGAGGCUGAUUGCAAAAAUCUUGUGGCUACAGCCUUAGAUCAUGCCAUAUCUGAUAUCAUUCCACCUGUUAUUAGCAGGAGUGUUACUAUAGCAUUAAUUACAACAAGAGAAUUAGUUUUUAAAGAUUUUGCACUUGAACCAAAUGAAAAAUACAUGUUAAGAGGAAUGCAUAUGAUCGCUUCUCAUUUAUCAGGUAGUUUGGCCAUGGUUACUUGCAGAGAACCCUUAAAAGUCAGGAUCACUCAUUAUCUUAAAGAAGGCAUUGAAUAAAUUGAUCUUGACAAUAAAACCAAAGAAACUUUUGUCUAAACUGCUGCUUAGGAGAAUUUAGAUCUAGGAUGUGCUCUGAUAAGAAAAGCAGUUAUAGAAAGAGCAUUGGAGGAUGUCAAUUAAGAUCCUUCAAUUUUGGAAUAAUUAGAAAAGAGACAACGAUGCAAAGAGAAGGGUUAACAAUAUAGAGAUGAAAUCACUUAAAAUCAACUUAAAUUCUUACCUGAACCAUUACAACCAAGAAUCUCUGGUUUGACUGAAGAAGAAAUUAGAAUCUAUGAAGAAUUCGGUAAUAAGAAGAAACAACCUAAAUAAUCAGUCUUGCAAAAGGUUUCCACUCUCUGCUAACUUCUCCAAGACCCAUAAAGCAAUGAAGAAAAAAUCUAACAAUUAAUCCAAGAUCUAAAUGAAUAAGAUUAAUCAAAUCCUGAGUAAUUUUAUAAGGAUUUGGCAGAUAAAUUUUUAUAGGUCAUCUUAACCAAUAAUUUAACUUCAGAGAAGAUCUCCAUCUCCUUGGAUUUGAUUACUAUUCUUAUUAGAAAGAUAAAUGAAAAAGUUGGUAAGAAAUGGAGUGAAUUGGUUACUGAAUUCAUCACUAAAAAUAUUGAACUUUUGGAACAUAGUCCAUUAUGGUGGUAAGCAUUCCCUAUUAUGUUGAAUAAAAGACUAAUCUAAAUUUAGGAGGCUGAAUAAGUGAUGACUCAAAUUCUCGCUAAGGACAAUCAAAUGAAUGUUAGUUCCAUUGUAUUUAUACUAAGAAAAGUUAUAAUUGAAGAGGAUAAUAAUACAUAUUUAAAUUAAUUCAGAAAUAUUGCUAAAGAACUAAGCAAAAAGAAAGACACUAAUCCAACAGUCUCUAAAUUCUUCUUAGAACUUACUAGUUAUGUCUCCAAUGCUUCAUAAACUAAGGUUUUCUAAAAGAAGUUGAAUUUAAUCAAGGGUUUCUAUUAAAAAAUUGAUGAAGAAUUUUCGAACAAAGUAUCUCUCAAAUUGAAAUAAUGGUACUAAUUAAGUUCGGAGGAAGAAUUCAGUAACUUUUUUAGAGUUGAAGGUGAAAGCUAAUUCUUUGUUGAGGAUUAAUUGAGUAAGUUCUGUGCUUAUGCAAUUGAAUUGAGUAUGACUGAUGUGAAUAAAGAAUAUAUGGAUCACUCCUAGAUUGAAUAAUUAGGAAAAAUGCUUACAAUAAUGUCAAAGGGACUUGAGCCAAAGAUGAAACCUAAAUUUUUUGAAAAACUAUUUGAUGGAUGUUUAAUGGUACUCACAAAGUUACAUGAAGUUACGAAAUAGAAAUUUAAUUAAAGAUAACUAUUCAAACUGUUUUACAAUUUACUUUUUGAUUUACAAAUUUUGGACGAAGAGAAUAUUAGAUUAUUCCAUAAUAAAUUUGCUGAAUUUUUAGAAAAGGUUGAACCAAGUCUGUAUCCAGGAUUCUCUUAUGCUUGGUUAGAAUUACUUUGCAAUAGAUAUUUCUAAUAGAUUAUAACUACCAAUGAAAAUGCUUAUGCAAGGUUGAUCAUUAAAUUAUUAGAAUUUGUAAGAGAUACUAUUACUGAAGAGACUAUCCAAUAUCAUUAUGUCUAAGAGUAUCUGAAGGGAGUGACCAGAUUGUUUAUGCUUUUAUUGACUGAUUAGAGAAAGUUCUGCAGUAAAUAUGCUUUCAGUUUUGCAGAUGAAGUGCCUUUCAAUCAUGUCUAAUUAUUGAAUUUGAGCUUGGCUGCUUAUCCAAAUGAUCAAACUGAUGAUCCUCAAUCUUGCACCAAUAUCUAUGACAUUGCAGAUGCCCAAUAAUUUGGAUAAAUUGUUCAUGCUUGUUUUGAAGAAUCAACCUAAGCCAAAAUCAAAGAAGAAAUCCAAUAUAUGCUGAAUAUGAGUGAUGAAGAUUUGAAAAUCAAGAUAAGCAAGUACUUUGACUAUGAUCAGAAAUCUAAGUUACCUUGCUAAAUUUCUGGCUUCUUCAUCUUAUUACCUAGACAUGAAAGUCUUACUAUCCAAUAAUAAAGAACAUUAUUAACAAGGAUUAUAAAGAAUUCAAGUUAUGCUAUUAGAAAUAAUGUGAUGAAUGUAAUCUUGAAUUAAAUUCGCUAUCCUGAACGUGCAACCGAAUUCUACAUUCGAUACAUCUUGUAAUAGUUCAUUGUUGGCGAUAAUUUCUAAAUUUAAGAAUAAUUUACUACGUAUUAUUAUUGUUUAUAAUCAUUAGAUUGAUCACUAAACGUUUCUUAUCUGAAAAUCCAAAGACUUGGGGAAUGCUGUAUUUGCAUGAAGAAUUAAAGAGAACUCAAUCUAAUAACAACCAAUACAAAAUGUAUUAGAUUCAAAGGCAAUGA